GUCGCGACGUGGCGUUUAGAGCGCCUGCGCAGACCCUGAAAAGUGGCCUGGGUGACCCCCAUGCUUCCCUUUUCCGGUUGCAGCACCGCGCGGUGAGGACUGCUCUCUACGCUCGCAGCCAUGCCGGCCAAGGGUCCACUUCAGUCCGUACAAGUCUUCGGACGCAAGAAGACGGCCACAGCCGUGGCGCACUGCAAACGGGGCAACGGCCUUAUCAAGGUGAAUGGGCGUCCGCUGGAGAUGAUCGAGCCGCGCACGCUGCAAUACAAGUUACUGGAACCCGUUCUGCUUCUGGGCAAGGAGCGGUUUGCUGGCGUGGACAUCCGGGUCCGUGUGAAGGGUGGUGGUCAUGUGGCCCAGAUUUAUGCUAUCCGCCAGUCAAUUUCCAAAGCCCUGGUGGCCUAUUACCAGAAAUAUGUAGAUGAGGCUUCUAAGAAGGAGAUCAAAGACAUCCUCAUCCAGUAUGACCGGACCCUGCUGGUYGCUGACCCCCGUCGCUGCGAGUCCAAAAAGUUUGGAGGUCCUGGUGCUCGUGCUCGCUACCAGAAGUCCUACCGAUAAGCCCAUCAUGGAGAUCAGAGCUCACCUUUGUAAUAAAACAGUGUGGGAUAUUAAGGGCCCAAGGA